UGCAUGUGCUUUGUGCUUCCUCUCGUUUUUGCUCUCAAAGUCGUCUUCCUCCUUGUCCCACUCAUCCCAUAUUCCCCUUUAUUUUUUUGAAAGUCAGGCUCACAGAAAAACUUAUACUAUAAAGAAACAAAACCCACUAACUAUUUCUCUCUCUCUUUUUCUCUUUUUCUUUCACUAUGUGUCCCUCACAACCCCCAAACAUGUCCAAUUCUUCUUCUUCUUCUUCUCCUAUUUGGUUAUUGUCUUACAUAAAGCUCCAGUUCUUUGGUCGAGUCCGAAGGUUCCUACGAUCAAAGGCGGCUCGCAAGCGAUACGGGUCGACCACAGAUCGAUUCGAUAUAGUGAGUAUCAAAAGUAGUGUUGAUGAUGAUGAAGACGUAGUAGUACAGCCAGUUAUAGGAAGAGAGAAAAGUGAGGAUGACUCGGCCGUGGUGCUACAGAGGUCGGUGAAGAAGCUUCACUUUGGGAGGUGGGAAGAGAAAGAAAAGGCGGCUAUGGAGAUUGAAAGGCUUGCAAGAGAAGAUGGGAAGACUAGGAAGUUGAUGGCGGAGCUGGAAGUUAUACCUGUGUUGGUGGCUAUGGUGGCUUCGGAUGUGCCUAGUAGAAGGCUUGUUGGGAUCACGGCUUUGAUUGAGCUUGCUCGUGGAACUUACACGAACAAGGUGCUCAUGGUGGAGGCAGGAAUAUUAUCCAAACUACCAAAGAACAUUAAUAUUAUAGACGAAUCAACGAGAAGUGAAUUUGCUGAAUUGCUCCUAUCAUUGUCUUCUCUAGCAAACAACCAAUUCCCUUUUGCCUCAUCAGAAAUUCUCCCAUUUCUCACAAGCAUUCUAGAAUCAUCAAGUUCAAGUGUUGAAACUAAAGAGUUGUGUUUGGGUACUUUAUACAACUUGUCCACAGUGUUAGACAGUGCAGGACCUCUAGUCUCUAAUGGGGCGGUACAGACCCUCCUGAUGCUCACCUCAAUAAAAGAACUAUCAGAGAAAGCCCUUGCAACACUUGGGCACUUGGUGGUGACCUUAAUGGGAAAGAAGGCAUUGGAAAAUAGUCCAAUGGUGCCACAAAGCUUGAUAGAGACUUUGACAUGGGAAGAUAAACCCAAAUGCCAAGAGUUAUCAGCUUACAUUUUAAUGAUUUUGGCCCAUCAAAGCUCAGCCCAACGCCAAAAAAUGGCUAAGUCAGGAAUUGUGUCGGUACUACUUGAAGUGGCAUUAUUAGGUAGCCCUCUAGCCCAAAAGAGAGCACUAAAGCUAUUGCAAUGGUUUAAGGACGAGAGGCAUGCAAAGAUGGGCCCACAUUCUGGCCCACAAACAGGAAGGAUUACAAUAGGUUCACCUAUAAAUCAAAUGGAGGCUCAAGUAGGAAAGAAAAUGAUGAAGAAUUUGGUGAAGCAAAGUUUACAUAAGAAUAUGGAAAUGAUAACACGGCGUGCCAAUGCUAGCGAGGACAGUUCUAAGCUCAAGACCCUUGUGAUCAGCACAAGUUCUAAGAGCUUGCCAUACUAAAGAUUUACUAACAUACUUCAAUAUUCAGGCUUCCAUCGGGAGAUAGCAUGUGUUAGAUUUGAGAUUAUACAUGGGAAAGAGGGAUGUUUUCCCACAGAGAUGCAUUCCUAGUGCAGUAUGAAUUGUGACAUUUGUAUAUCAUGGACAAUAAAGAUGAAAGUUUUCUUAAGAUGGGAAAACAAUGAAUC